AUGAAGGUCCUCGUCUUAGGAUUGCCCCGCACAGGCACCCAGUCCCUCGCCGACGCCCUAGAGUUGCUAGGUAUCUCACCAGUUUACCACAUGCGCGAGGUCGGAAAGAAUGGCCACGCCGGCCUCUGGAUGGCUGCCCUCGAAGAGAGGACCAAGCCAGAUGGCACCCCGUGGACGCGAGUCCAGUUUGAGCAGAUUCUCGGCGGCUUCCAAGCUGUGGCCGACUACCCAGCCGCCAUCUUCCCUGCCGAGCUGCUGGACGCCUACCCAGAGGCCGCCGUCAUCUUAUCCAUGCGAGGUUCCGAGGACGCGUGGCACACAAGCAUGGCUCUAACCCUCGUCCACGCCCAUGCUCGCCGAUCGCCCACCGACGUCUCCCCUGUCGCCACCCUGGCACGGAAGUACCAUGCGGCAUGUUGGGACGACGACUUUGACAAAAACGGCAAGGCACUCUACCAGAAGCACAAUGCAGAAGUCAGAGAAUUGGCUGUCGAUCGCAAAUUUUUGGAGUACCAGCCCGGCCAAGGGUGGGCACCGCUAUGCGAGUUCCUUGGCGUAGCGGUCCCAGAGGGCGUUCCAUACCCCAGAAGCGAUGAUUGGGCUGAGUAUAAGAAGAAGGCCGAGGAGGACGUCAAAGCGAGCGAAAAUAGCGCGCGGUGA